AUGUAUCGGGGAAGCGGUGUUGUUCCAUCAUCACGAGGCGAGCCGGCGGGCGCUGCCAGUGCGCCUGCACGCGCGCAGCGGUGCGUCACCGGCCUGCUGCUGCGAGACACCAACACGUACUGUGCUGCUGCUGUGCUGCUGCUGUGCUGCUGCUGUGCCGCUGCUGUGCUGCUGCUGUGCUGCUGCUGUGCUGCUGUGCUGCUGUGCUACUGCUGUGCUGCUGCUGUGCUGCUGCUGUGCUGCUGUGCUGCUGUGCUACUGCUGUGCUGCUGCUGUGCUGCUGCUGUGCUGCUGCUGUGCUGCUGUGCUGCUGCUGUGCUGCUGUGCUGCUGCUGUGCUGCUGCUGUGCUGCUGCUGUGCUGCUGCUGUGCUGCUGUGCUGCUACUGUGCUGCUGCUGUGCUGCUGCUGUGCUGCUGUGCUGCUGCUGUGCUGCUGCUGUGCUGCUGUGCUGCUGUGCUGCUGCUGUGCUGCUGCUGUGCUGCUGCUGUGCUGCUGUGCUGCUACUGUGCUGCUGCUGUGCUGCUGCUGUGCUGCUGCUGUGCUACUGCUGUGCUGCUGCUGUGCUGCUGUGCUGCUGCUGUGCUGCUGUGCUGCUGCUGUGCUGCUGUGCUGCUGCUGUGCUGCUGCUGUGCUGCUGCUGUGCUGCUGCUGUGCUGCUGCUGUGCUGCUGUGCUGCUGCUGUUGCUGCUGUGUUGCUGCUGUGCUGCUGCUAUGCUGCUGCUUUGCUGCUGCUGUGCUGCUGCUGUGCUGCUGCUUUGCUGCUGCUGUGCUGCUGCUGUGCUGCUGUGCUGCUGCUGUGCUGCUGUGCUGCUGCUGUGCUGCUGCUGUGCUGCUGUGCUGCUGCUGUGCUGCUGCUGUGCUGCUGUGCUGCUGUGCUGCUGCUGUGCUGCUGCUGUGCUGCUGCUGUGCUGCUGCUGUGCUGCUGCUGUGCUGCUGCUGUGCUGCUACUGUGCUGCUGCUGUGCUGCUGCUGUGCUGCUGCUGUGCUGCUGCUGUGGGGCGGAAUAG